CGCAACUCGAGCCACCGACGACAUAAUAGUGUAUACGAAUGAUCGGGCCCACCGCCACAGACGGCUCGAGCAGCAGCUAUAAACUAAAGAUCCCAGAGCGCAUCGCAACGCCCGCUCCACCAACUUGAUACAUCGAUUUGGCUGCCAGCUUUAGGAGGCGUUCCACGGCGUAUAUUAGGUGUUCGCGGUGAUCAGCCGCUCCUGAUCCCACGAUGCGCACUCCACGAGUUGCCAUAUUGGUCCUCUUCUUCUCCGCCUCGGUGUUCCUCUUUUGUCGCUCCAUAGCGUCAUCCCGCCGUGCGAGCCCAGCAGUUUCGCAUCUUUCACCUGAAACGUCCGGGCUGCGAUCCUUCUUCUCGUUUAGAGCGCCCUUUACGCUGUUUCCUCCCAAUGCAGCCAUCAGUCUCUUUGACGACAACAGCACCUUUUUCCCGGCGCGGCCUGCGAUAUUUGGGCCACCACUCCCGAAAGACGGGCUAAGUGGGCAACUUUGGGCGGGGAGUGGGUUUACAGAUGACAAUCUCCAAGAUGGUCAGGGUGAAGGCGAGCUUGGCUGCAGUGAUGUGGUGGGGUGGGAGGGUGCGCCGGGCCGGCUGUCUCUCAAGAUGCCGAAACAAUCACCAGCAGGAGACACGACUGGCAGUACCACGUCCGAUCACAAAAAGUUCAAGAGGAGCAACAUUGUAGACGGUCCUGCAGUUGAUCACAAGACCACCUCGAAAACACACUCAAGCAAGUUGGACGUGGAAAUGGUGGUCGAUGAUGGGACGGAUGAUUACCUACACCAAGGAUUCCGAACAGAUAAAGAUGCUUUCGUCGACACUCCCACAAGUUCGAGCUCAGGCCAUGCAGAUAUCCAGUCGAUCCAAGAGACAGCCGAGAUAACCGGCAAGAUUGUGUUAUUGAGCCGAGGCGGUUGUGGUUUUCUCCAAAAGGUCAAAUGGGCACAGCGGCGCGGGGCGAUUGCACUCAUCGUUGGUGACAACCAGAAAGGCGGGCCACUCAUUCAAAUGUCCGCACGCGGUAAUGUUGAUAACGUUACUAUCCCAUCUGUUUUCACCUCUAGAACUACUGCCCACCUCUUAUCCUCCUUGAUGCAACCGGGAAGCUUCCUUCAAGAUAUUCUCGAUGAGAGCGGUUAUCCGGUUUCAAACUCCCAGCAUUCUGGCAAGACCAAGAAAAGAAAACCGUCUAAAUGGUCCGCAAAGCACGCCAGGUCUACGCCUGAAACAAACCCCAAACGACAGUUGACCAAGGUGACAGGUCCCCAAGGAAGCGUGGCAGAUAGUGGUGCUGAAUCCAGCCCUUCGCACAGAAGCUGGUUUUCGCGGCUCUUUCAUUGGGGCCCCGGCAGUGACAGCGCAACUGACAAAAGCCGACCUCCAAGCAGUGGUUCUUUGGACUGGGUCAUAGUGGACGACUGGAGUGAUGAAAAAGAUAAAGUGAUCAAGACCGGUCUUGACAAGGCUUCCAAGAGCAGUGGUGAUGACUCUGCCUUGGCUUCAGACUCUGGCAGGAACCGUGAAGAUGGUUUCCAGAUUGGAGUUCAGGAUUGGCGCGACCCUGAUUUAGCCUCGUCUUCCUCCUCUGUUCGCCACGGUGGUGAUAGUUCCGUCGAUGAUGAGCAAGAGGCUGGUACUUUCGGUGCUUCCUCAAAGCAGCCCGGCAAGACUAGCCAAAGUGAUGCGAACGGACCGCAAGGAGGCAGCAUUACUCCUGGCAGUGGCCGAUACGACCCCGAGGCCUUAGCGGGCUCGCAGUCUGGACAACGGAACUCCGAUUCAUCCUCAGGUUCCUCGGGUGGUUUGAUGUCCAAGAUAUUUGGUGAUGACGACGGCGAAGAUUUCCCUCCGUAUGAAGCACCGUCUUUCUACGCCGAGAAACCAUCUUCGCCUCCAGCUGCAGUCAACCGGGCGGGAAAUCGAGAAGGCUUAUGGAUUACUAUAACACCCACAAGCGGUGCCAGUCCGUUUUUUGACACCCUUCUUGUUCUGGUAAUAAGCCCUCUUAUUACUUUGACAGUCGUAUACGCUCUUCUUAUACUACGCGCCAAAAUCCGUAGACGGAGAUGGAGAGCCCCGAAAUCCGUUGUGGAACGUCUUCCGGUACGGACUUACCAUACCGUUCCUCGUUCGCCAAGUCAAUCGUCGAGGGUGCCAUCUCCCAGCGGUGCCUCAACCCCUACGACGCCAUUACUCCAAGGGCCAUCUAGAUCUCGACCAAGGUCCCGUACAACGACAGGAGUCCCUGAACCCGCGGACUUGUUGAGAGUGGACAGUGCCCUGCAAGUGGCGAGGGUGCCGGCUCACGAGAAGGGAACCACUCGCGCUAGCCAGUGGAAGAAGUACAUGGGACGGCAGAGGGAGUGUGCCAUUUGCUUGGAGGAAUACGUGGAUGGUGUUAGCAGGGUAAUGAGCUUGCCCUGCGGUCAUGAGUUCCAUGCGGAAUGCAUAACUCCCUGGCUCACCACUAGGCGCCGCACAUGCCCUAUCUGCAAAGGCGAUGUCGUCAGGUCCUUGGCACGAGGGUCUUCGUCUACUCCGCGCUACGAGCCAUACCGCGAUGAUGAUAGUGAGGAGGAUGAUGGUGGUGAGGCUUCUGGGUCCGGAGACAUUAUGUUCAGAUCUGACUCCCCGGCGAGAAACACUGAUGUUGAACAAGGAAGGGCUGCGGCGUCAGCUCCUGAGAGAGGGCGCGGCGGGUUUGAUAUUAGCGAUGGAUGGUUCAGCGCCUUGUCGAACAGUCUCGGGGCUAGGCCAACAUUUCUAAGCCGGAGGACAGACAACGAGUGAGUUUGAGCAUGCGCAUUGGUAG